GCCUUCGUGUGCCAUGGACGGCAUUGUCCAAGAUAUAACAGUUGGUACAAAGCGGGGAUCUGACGAACUUUUUUCUACUUGUGUCACUAACGGACCCUUUAUCAUGAGCAGCAACUCUGCUUCUGCAGCCAAUGGAAAUGACAGUAAAAAAUUCAAAGGUGACAGCAGAAGUGCAGGAGUUCCAUCACGAGUAAUCCAUAUCCGUAAAUUACCUAGUGACGUUACAGAAGCUGAGGUUAUUUCCUUGGGGUUGCCUUUUGGAAAGGUCACAAACCUAUUAAUGUUAAAAGGAAAAAAUCAGGCUUUUAUAGAAAUGAACACAGAAGAAGCAGCUAAUACUAUGGUGAGCUACUAUACUACAAUUGCUCCUGUGCUCCGGAGUCAGCAGAUCUACAUCCAAUUUUCUAAUCACAAAGAGUUGAAGACAGAUAAUUCUCCAAACCAGGCACGUGCUCAAGCAGCCUUGCAAGCAGUAAAUUCUGUCCAGUCUGGGAAUCUGGCACUGUCUGCUUCUGCUGCAGCUGUGGAUGCUGGUAUGGCCAUGGCUGGUCAGAGCCCAGUCCUGAGGAUCAUUGUGGAAAACCUCUUCUAUCCUGUUACUCUAGAUGUCCUCCAUCAGAUUUUCUCCAAAUUUGGGACAGUGCUGAAAAUAAUCACAUUUACCAAGAAUAACCAGUUUCAAGCACUUCUGCAAUAUGCAGACCCCGUGAGUGCCCAGCAUGCCAAAUUGUCUCUCGAUGGGCAGAACAUCUACAAUGCUUGCUGCACCCUCCGUAUUGACUUUUCCAAGCUCACAAGCCUCAAUGUAAAAUACAACAAUGAUAAGAGCAGAGACUACACCAGACCAGACCUGCCUUCUGGAGACAACCAACCUUCCCUUGAUCAGACUAUGGCAGCUGCUUUUGGCGCUCCAGGGAUCAUUUCAGCCUCUCCUUAUGCAGGAGCCGGCUUCCCUCCUGCUUUUGCAAUUCCUCAAGCAGGCCUCUCAGUUCCAAAUGUACACGGAGCACUUGCUCCUUUGGCUAUCCCAUCAGCCGCAGCGGCCGCAGCUGCCGCAGGACGGAUUGCUAUUCCUGGCCUUACCGGGGCAGGGAACUCCGUUCUGUUGGUUAGCAAUUUGAACCCAGAGAGAGUUACACCCCAAUGCCUCUUUAUUCUUUUCGGGGUAUAUGGUGAUGUACAAAGAGUGAAGAUUUUGUUCAAUAAAAAGGAGAAUGCCUUGGUUCAAAUGGCAGAUGGCAAUCAAUCUCAACUGGCCAUGAGCCAUCUCAAUGGUCAAAAGCUGCAUGGGAAGCCCAUCCGCAUCACUCUGUCAAAGCACCAGACAGUGCAGCUGCCCCGUGAAGGACAGGAAGACCAAGGGCUGACCAAGGAUUAUGGCAACUCCCCUCUUCAUCGCUUUAAGAAGCCGGGUUCCAAGAACUUUCAAAACAUCUUUCCCCCUUCUGCCACUCUUCACCUCUCCAAUAUUCCGCCUUCAAUAAUAGAAGAUGACCUCAAGCUGCUCUUCUCAAGCAAUGGUGGGAUGGUGAAAGGCUUCAAAUUCUUCCAGAGAGACCGCAAGAUGGCUCUCAUUCAGAUGGGAUCCGUGGAAGAAGCCAUUCAGUCACUCAUCGAGCUCCACAACCACGACCUUGGUGAGAACCACCACUUGCGUGUGUCCUUUUCAAAAUCCACAAUUUAAGUGCUUUGGAAAAGCAUGCAGCAAGACGGACCUGACUGAAAAACAAAUCACCACUCUUCUUAAUAGGCUCAGCCUUGCAUAUAUAUUUUUUUUUCAAUGGCUGGACCACCAGCAAGGGGUGGGACGACUUCCAUCAUUCCAGAAACAAAAAGAAGCCACUUUAUAAGAGAGAGAGAGAGAGAGAGAGAAUGCAACUGA